AUGAAAUUAAAACGAUUUUCUACCAAUAGAAUUAUGUCAUAUAACUCGAUAUAAUUGGGCCCAUUGCGGGAGGUUAUUUUCAGCCCCUACCAAUAAUUGUGUUGUAUAGAACGUGUAUUUAAAACGAACUCCCUAAUAACAAACGGGCAUAGAAGUAAACAGAGAACGUCAGAGCUGAAGACGUGUAGUUUUUUCAUUUUUAUAAAUUUCCAUCGCCCUUUUUCACGAUUCAUCGCAAUUGUCAAUUGAAAAUUUGUUGUAAUUGAAGUAUACUAUUCGGCACAUCCAACCUUAUGAGUUUGACUACAAGAUGCUGAAAGCAAUAAUUCUGAUUGGAGGACCGGAGAAAGGAACCCGAUUCCGGCCACUCUCCCUGGACACUCCAAAGCCGCUGUUUCCAAUUGCGGGCAAACCGGUUAUCCAACACCAUGUGGAGGCUUGCGUUCGCAUCAAGGAUCUAAAGGAAAUUCUCAUACUUGGGUUUUAUCCGGCCUCGCAGAUGCAACAAUUCGUCAGCAACAUGCAGAAUUUGUACGACGUGAACAUUCGAUAUUUGCAGGAGUUUACCUCGCUGGGAACGGCCGGUGGGAUGUACCAUUUUCGAGAUCAAAUCCGUACCGGAAACCCGAGUGCGUUCUUCGUGCUGAACGGUGAUGUUUGUGCUGAUUUCCCUCUGCAGCAGUUGUACGACUUUCACGUUAGCAAGGGGGAGAAGGCUUUGGUUUCAAUUAUGGGAACAGAGGCAACCCGUCAACAAGCGGUUCACUACGGUUGUCUUGUGCUGGGAAAAGAACAGGAAGUGACCCAUUAUGUGGAAAAACCACGCACUUACGUGUCAACUUUGAUCAAUUGUGGGGUUUACGUUUGCUCCAUGGAGCUGUUCUCGCGGAUGGGAAGCGUCUUCCAUUCUAAACAGAUGGAUUACAAUUCGUUAAACAAUGGAUGCAACGGGAAGGAUUUGGGACACAUACAGUUAGAACAGGAAAUUCUCACACCACUCGCUGGGACGGGGUUGAUGUAUGCCCUGCCGAUAACAAAUUGGUGGUCGCAGAUUAAGACUGCCGGGUCGGCAAUAUACGCCAAUCGGCACUACCUGGCGCUGUACAAGAAUACACACCCGGAAAGGUUAGCGAAUGUCGGAAUGAAGACUUCGGAGCAUAGCAACGGCAGUUUGAUAUGUAACAUCUACCCGGACGUACACAUUCAUCCAACAGCGUCUGUGCACCCAACGGCCACACUUGGACCGAAUGUCUCGGUUGGCCCAGGAGUCGUUAUCGGGCCAGGUGUUCGCAUUCGUGAAUCGAUUGUCCUCGAGAAUGCCGUCAUAAAAGAUCACACACUCGUCCUACACAGCAUUGUGGGACGCAGCUCGCAAAUCGGUAUGUGGUCCCGCGUCGAGGGAACGCCCAGUGAUCCGGACCCGAACAAGCCGUUCGCCAAGAUGGAUAAUCCGCCCCUGUUUAACAAUGAUGGUCGCCUAAAUCCUUCGAUUACCAUCUUGGGCUACUCGGUGAGCGUUCCGUCGGAAAUGGUGCUGCUCAAUUCCAUUGUACUCCCGCACAAAGAGCUGAGUCGAAGCUUUAAGAACGAGAUCAUUUUAUAACCAGCGUAAAUUUGCGAGAAAAAAUAUUUUGAACACCCUGCACUUUUUAGAAGGUAGAUUUUUGUGCAAAUUUGUGUUAACAUUUGUGCCAGUUGUGACCAAUAAAGUUAUAUUUUAUAUUUUAA